AGGUUGUAAAAAGUUAAUAGAAAGUUAAUAGCAAAUCAAAGUGUUGAUAGAAAAGGGCUCAUUACAAGGAUCAAUUUUGGGAUUCCUAAAUCCCAGGUGAAGUGUUGUGGUAUCGCUGGAACUUUGAACUUUCUCUCAUGCCAUCAGAAGAAAUUGGGAUUCAUCCCUGCUUCAUGUUUGUAUUAUCAUCCUCUCACCAUUCACAGAAUGGCAUUGUUAUUGGAAGUCACAUCCAGGAAGACUUGCCAGAAUUCCCAUCCACUCAGCCAUUGGAAUUAAAGCUUGUGCAUAAUAUGACAUCUUGAAAACAUGGGAUUGUACUUGGUAAACCAUCACAGUUGCUUCUGAGAAAAGGAAAAGGGACAAGAUACCAUCAAGCCUCCAUUUGAAAUUUAAGUAGUUGGCAACCAGAGCCUCAUUUUAGAAUAUCUGACCUGAUAUACAUCAAGAGAGUUUGAAAAGGUAGACUUGCUUGCUACCAAGAUGAAAUUAGACAUGGGGUCAAUCAAGACAGAAUUGCCACAUGAUGAUAUUGAAGAUAUGAUCAUGGAUCCUCUGUCGCUUGCAGACCUGCGCAGGGUUGAUGGAUCUGGGAGCGAAGAAAGCGAUCAUGAUGGAUCCAUUCACUGUAAAUCAGAUUCCAAAGUCUUCUCCAAAGCCAUGGGCUUACCUCCUGGCUGUCCACAAGAUCGGAAGAGGAAGAAAUUAACCCGCAUUUCUCCUCGAAUGCAGUGGUUUCAAGCUGCUGCAAAGGCAAGAGCUUUGGGAGAUCCAUGGGAGAAGUUUCAGUGGAAGGACUAUCCAACAGAGAAUGCCAAGCGUUAUCGUUACAAUGCUCUGAAAAAAGAAUGGAUUGAGGACAUGUGUGUUGUGAAGAUGGAGCCUGAACCAUUCAAUCAUGGAGCCAUGAGAGAAUGUUUUCGCAUGAAGAAGUUGAGCAAUUUUUUGCAUUCAGAUGACUGGCACAAAGAUUCCAACAACUAUGUGGCCAAACGUUACAUGGAAGAAAUGGAAAGAUCAGUGUACUUUGAAGAUGUCCACCUUCAGAUGGAUGCAAAGCUCUGGGGAGAAGAAUUCAAUAGGCACAAUCCUCCAAAGAAGGUUGACAUCAUUCAGAUGUGCAUCAUUGAGUUUGUUGAACGUCCGGGGAAGCCUGUCUACCACAUUGAACAUUUUAUUCAAGGCAGAUACAUUAAGUACAAUUCUAACUCGGGUUUUGUAGAUGAUGCCAAAAGGAAGACCCCUCAGGCUUUCACACACUUCACAUUUGAAAGGUCUGGGCAUGAGUUGAUUGUGGUGGAUAUUCAAGGUGUUGGAGAUCUCUACACCGAUCCUCAGAUACAUACAGCUGAUGGGAAGGGAUAUGGUGAUGGAAACCUUGGAACUCGGGGCAUGGCUCUAUUCUUUCAUUCUCACGUCUGCAACAGUAUCUGUGAGAGCUUGGGCCUUUCACUCUUUGACCUUGCUUCCCAAGAGCUGAAUGGUUUGUCCAAUCAAGUCAAUGCUCUGAAGGACAGUAUGACCCGAGUUCGAGGUUCAGAAGAGCUCUGUUUGAGCCCCAGUGACUAUGACCGCCAGCACCUCUUGGACUUCUUGCAGCAACGCUCCAACUCAUUCUCCCAUUCUCAACAUGCCAAGAUGAGGCGAGAAUCAGGAGGUUCCAUUCGUGUUCGCUAUGAGUCUGGUGGUUCUGCUCGGGUUCGCUGUGAGUCGGGUGGGAGUUCUCAUCAUCGCCUCAGGUCAGACUCAUAUGGAAGUGGUGAAUUCAGUCUGUCUCCACCAGAAUCCCCAACUCGACACAAUUCUGAGGGUUCAUGCGAGGAUGACCACGUGCUCUUGGAUCGGCAAGAUUCAGGAUUCUCGGGAACAUAUGGUCCUCGUCCAGUUGUAACACGUCGCCCACGUUAUGAGUCAGAGAAUAGUCUCAAUUUGAACUGUGAGGAGGAGAAAUAUCUCUUCUCAGAAUUAGCUGCAAAGAAAUCUCGAAAGUCAAAUGUAGCAGCAGAGAAGCAGCUGAGACAGGAGAUCCGGGACUCUGAAGAGGAUGGGUGGCUAGGGGAGAAAGACUCUAUUCUUGGACAGAUUCACCUGGACUUGGCCAAGUAUCAUGAACUGGGCCGAUUCUCUGAAUCCAAUGGUGACGAUUAUGACAGAGAAGCUGCAAUGUUUCAUCUGCGUCAUGCUGCAGACCUUGGUGUCAUGGAGGCCCUCAUCACCAUUGCUCAUAUUCACUUCCAGCUUCCUCAUGAUAUUCUUACUGAUAUUGAGGUGCCUGAGUCAGAGGAGAACUGGAGCAAAGGAUUCCAUGCAAUGAUGUCUGCUGCACAUCUUGGCAGUCGAGAAGCAAUGGUCUUCAUUGCAGAAGCCUUUAAGCUUGGAAGUAAUCUGCCUCAAGAUUGGUGCAUCAACUGGGAAGAGGCCAUGAAAUGGUACGAGAAAGCUGUGGACAUUGAUCCAGAAGAAGACGAGGGAUUCGGGAAUGGAACAGUGGAUCAUCCACCUUACGUACUCCUUGCAGCUCAAGCAGAAAUGCUCAAGGAAGGUGGACAUGGCCUUUCAAAAGAUCCUCAGAAAGCUAAUGAGCUUUACACUGCUGCAGCAGAGUCAGCUAUGGAGCUUAUGAAAGGGAGACUGGCAAACAAGUACUACAUGUUGGCUGAAGAGGCUUUGGCUGAGGUUCCAGAUGAUUCAUAAAACCUUUGUCAUAUGUUGGGAGUUUUUUCUUUUCUCAUCCUCUUUAUUUUCCUAUCCUUGUGUUUUCAUGUUUUUUGCUUUCCUCUAAUGGCUGAUGUCAUCAUGGAUUUGCUUAUGUAGGGUGUCUAAAGCUUUGUAAUUUCUGUUGCUGUGGAAUUCCUGUGAAACCAAUUAGUACUAAUCAAUAGAGCACCAGUGGGUGAUUGUUAAACAUUCAUGUUUAUAGUGACAUACUAUUAUCACAGCAAUCUUGAUCCUUUUUUUUUUUUUAGGAUCCAAUUUUCAAAAUUGCAGUGUACAGGUAGAGGCUCAAAUCCUGCUUCAAAUCAAUUGAUUGUUGAGAGUUAAUCUUUUCUCUCAGCAAAAAGAAAUCUUUAAUUUCCAGGUUAUUAUAGUGGCUACUAGUUAUCCUUAUCUCAAGGAAUAGGUAAGGUUAGAAUCAUUUUGAUUGCCUUGCUCCCAUCCUCAAAUUGGAACAAUUGGGACUCCUCCCUCUCUCUCUCCCCCCCCCCCCCCCCCCCUCCC